AUGGAACGAGAGCUGGAAGCUUUGCGCACCGAGCUCUCAUUCCUUCGAGAGGACUUUCGAGCCCUCUCUGCUCGAGUUGAACGUCAGGAAGAUCGACUGUCAGAGCUGGCCCGACGUGGCCCUUCGUUGAGCUAUUCCCAGGCUGUGGACCUCCACGAAGGUGUUCCUUACGCUGCUAGCAGUGGGGUUGGUUCUACUUGGAGUGUGGUGCAAGAGCCGGAGAUUCCGGCCGAUCGUGGUGGCCCCUCCGAGCUGAGCUGGGCUUUUCGUGAGCAGGUUGCCAGGGAGAUUGGAGGGUUCAUUCGCCGUUCUCUAGACGGCGCACCACGCGGCCUCUCAGGUCGCGAGAAGACCCGACAACUCGGGUCCAAGUAUUAUUUGAUCGCCAAAGAUUUCUCAGGACAGCUUUACAAUCCCAUCAAAGUUGUCACCUCCUACGCUGCUGCAAAAGAGCUGUGUGCCCGGGCUGGGGAAUUUGGAGAUUCAGUUUUUGUUGGAGUGCCAUCGGUGAGAGAGGGACGGAUUGCAGCCACCGCGGCAGGCCUUGACUGGCCUGCUUCCGAUUACCCCGGAGAGUGGGGAGCCUUGCGGGAUCACCUUGUCCUGGAUCUCGACGGUUCCUGGAACGAGCACUACGAGGUUGGUGGUUUUGAGCUGGAAUCCAUUAGUGGGACAUCAGUCGAGCUGCUCGCUUUGUGUGUUCUAGAAGAUAGAGUUUUGGUGGCCGUGCCAAAGGAGGCAUGGGAUCGAGUUCGUGCCAAACGUAUUUUGCCCGCUCAAGCAUUGUCAAAAGCAUUGUUGUGCAAUGUGGCUGCUAUGGAUGCAGACGAGCGCUCACCUGUAGCUGGCGAAGAGCUCAAAGUAUGGGUCGGUCUUCUGGCUCCGCAGUUCGAGAAGCAGGUUUGCUAUCCCUUCGUCUCAGUUCCAGCUUACAGCUUUGGGGGAGGAGAGACAGGUUUUCUGUUGCCACACCCUGCAGGGCUGCACACGUUGGCAGUGGAGAAGUUCCAGUUUUUGUCAGCAGAGUCCGGCGAGCCUCAAAUCGAUGCUCCCGCCCCAUCGGCCGGUGCAGACGACCGUUUGCAGCGUUUAGAAGAGAUGGUUUUUGCUAUGCAGAAGAGCUUUCAAGAUUUCGUCGAUGCUGGAGGGGACGCCAAGGCCAAGAAGGUCGCUCCUGCCCCAGCAGCUUCAAAAGCAAAGGCUGCUCCUCGGGGCCGGGCUCAAGCUCCAACUAUGCAGCAUUUGGACAAUGGGGUUGUGUCAGCGGCUCUCGCUGCGGGCAUCCCCGCCAGUCAUCUGCAAGAAAUGGAUCGUCUGGUUGGCUCGAAGCCCAAACGUCUGGACGAUGCACCUCGUCCUCUUGCCCGACCGCCUACUACGUUGUCCGAGAGCGAAGAAGGCCAAGACGGAGAGGAGGAGGAGCUCGACGACGAGGAAGCUGGCGACUCAGUGGGGCCUGUAGAGAAAGCUGUGCUGAAGUUGACAAAGAUUGCCCAGACCCUUGCAGGCAAGAAGAGCAAGACGGACCAGUCGAUCGAGCAGGUUUUAGAUGCUGGGUCGGCCGGGAGUUCCGAGAUGAGCUCUCUCGGGUCGAAACGCAAUGCUGCAGCGCUCAGAGCACUCCAACGACAGCUGAAGGACAAUCCUGGAUAUCUUUGGCGGACUCUCGAGGCAAACAUGCAGGCGGAUUUCAUGUCUGUGCCCGUUGCUCCCGGAGAGCCAUUGAAAGAGGGGGUGUCGGUCAGAGGCUGGCUGACGUCGAGGUCAAGAGUGCAGCUAUACCACAACCAUGUUCGUUGGGUGUGGCAAGUCGGUGCGAUUUGGGAUUGUCUGAUAGCUGGAAGAAACGACGAGGCGCGAGCUCGCGCUGGGUUGCUAGUUGCUGCAGCGGAUCAAUCCGCGAUCGACUCAGGCAGUUGGUUGAUCGCCAGUGUCGGUUUGUUAGAGCAGCCACCCCCAUUUCAUGCAUUCAGUGCUCACCAGCUCCCUGGCCCGAGCGAUCAUCAGUUUUCUGCGCUCUCAGAUCCACGGUGGGUCGACUUAUACCUGGCCCAUGUGAAAGACUUGGAGGCAGUGCAGGAGGCCAAGCGGAAGCUCGGCAAGAAUCCCAAGACCGACAAAGACAAGGACAAAGAAGACCGCAAAGAAGACAGGGCUCCCAAGCCGAAGAAGAAAGGCGCGGGACGAGGCAAUGGAGGAGCAAACGAGCCCAGCACGGGCUCGUAG